AGGAAAAAAAGCAAGAAAAAUUUGUUCGGUUUCGAGGCGAUCGCAUCGGAACCUUUCACGAGAGCCACACCCAUGUCGAUAUAGACAUUUAAAUCACAGGGACGUCUGAGAUUUUACCUUGACGAGACCUGAAAUCCCUAUUAUUCAAGACUUUUCUUCACCUUCGCCUUUACACCUAAUUUCAAGCAGCCGAGGCAUAUAAGUCGUACCUGACUACCAAGAUGGUUCUCACGCACACGACCAAUCAUACCUAUUCACACCCAUUCCCGACUGUGACUUUAGCCUUCUUCCUCCGUUACUACUCGCCACGUCUCAAUCCCUUCUCUAGUCAUGUCCUUUCCAGCGACACCAUCUCGUCACAUGUCGACCCACAGACUGGUCGCCUGCACACGACUCGCAUCCACAUGAAGAAGACCCGCUUGCCCUCCGCCGUAGUAAAGCUCCUUCCCAGCAGCGUUACUGGUGGAGGUGGUGACAAGUCGAGCUAUGUCCUCGAGACUAGUGUUGUGGAUAUUAAAGAGGGAUGGAUGAAGACGGAGAGUCGGAAUCUGAACUACACGGGUGUCCUAAGUGUAGUUGAGGAGCAACGCUAUUCAACCACCCCUCCCGACCAGGCUACGUCAUCCUCGUUGUCUGGUUCCGGAACCGUAGGAAGCUCUCGUACCCUGGCUCCUAACACCUUUGUUACAACUACGUUCUCCUACAGAUCUACGCUGGGCGGAAAGAAGCACGAAAAAGCUGCGGCAGAAUCUACGGAUGGAAAUGAAGAGUCUGGUACACGACGGUUUGGUGACUGGAUUUCGGGAUGGGGUGCCAAGCGGAUCCAGAGCAGCAUCGAAUCCAUCGCUUCGAACAAGACAGACGACCAGAUACUCAAAUCGCGCGACGGGAUGCGCAUCGUCUUGGAGCGGCUGCGGAGCAACGGCGUCGUUGCCGUGCUAAGGGAGCUCAGGCGGCGAGAAGGAAACGUCUUUGAGCAGUGAACAUGGAUCCGGAUUAUUUUUCCUUGGCUCAGGAUUAUACCCGUGUUACAACACAACUUGUAUAUCCAUCUCUGGUAUUUCAAAUUAGCAAGGCGUUUGGGGAAUUAGCUGGAGGCAGCAAAAGCGAUAGCAGGCUCGCAACGUCUUUUAUUAUGAACGACCACAGCACGAAUCGGAAUAUCGAAAUAUUAUGGGGAGGGGAGAAAGGAGGGGAGCGGGGCGGGGCUGGUAAGGCUGGCU